AUGCCGACCUCAACGACAUCUACACGAACGACAUCGCGCGCCCAGGACGAAAAGACCGUCCGAGAAUGGGGCUUCUCCCAUGUCUUUACAUGGACUGACGGGCCACACGCACACUACCCACCGCACUCGCACGGCGGGCUGACCACGCAUCUCAUCCGCAGCGGCUCCCUGACAAUCACGUACCCGCAGGACGCCAACCCGACCAAGGAGACCUUCGGCGUGGGUGCGCGCAUCGACGUCCCCGGCGGCAAAGUGCACGAAGUGUGGAUGGGCGAGGAAGGUGAGUUGAGCAACAGUAAUUUUGCACCGCGCGCGCGCACAAAAAAGGUCGUCUCACUCUAA